AGAAGAGCCGCGGAGUAUAAACUUGUCGUGUUUUAUUUAGUAAUUAUUAAUUAACAAACCAUGAAGAAGUGUAACAUAUCCAUAAGUUUAAUUCUAAUAAUAACUUAUAUUUUUGUUACUGAAGCAGUCAAAAAAGACGUCUGUGAAAAAUGCGUAAAAAUUGAAGACUGUCCAAAGAUUGCCAACCUGCCUACCGAAAAACGUAAAAUAUGGCUAAAACGAUUUCCCUGUAUGAUUUUUCAAAAAAAUAAACAUCCACCACUUUUCGAUGUCUCGACAGUCGCAAAAAGAGAUCAUAUAUGCUGCCCAAAUUCGAAUGUUCUGAAAAUUGUUCAUCAUAAUGGAAAUACACCACGUCCAAAUAGUUAUGAAUAUCAGCAAACGAGACAAAAGAGACAAAUUCAACAAAGUGAGGUCAAAGAUCAAAAUAUUAAUGUAAAUCCAGUACCUGAUCAGGUGAACAAGGGUAAUGAAAAUAAAACUGCAAGUAAUACGGGGCCGUAUUAUCCGAACCAACAAAGCCAUUUCGAAUCGGAGGUGACAUUAUCGGGUCAUAUUACACAAAAUACGCAAUAUUUGCAAGUACCUCAACAACAAAAUCUUUUUUUUAACAAUGGCGAUGGCAAUUCGUUUGGUAUAGCUAAUUCAGGCGCUCAAUGUACAGAGCAAACGAGCUUGCUACCCGAACCGAGGACAGGUUGCUGUGGCCAAGACAUGUCAGAUUCAUCCAGUAUUACGGAUUUACAAAGUAUACUCAAUAUAUUUGCACCUGUAAAUCUAAAUAAUUGGGCAAACCAACCACACCAACUAUUUCGUCGACGAAGAUCCGCCGAAAGCAUGACGGACGACAAUGCGUUAGAUGACAGAAUAGCAGGUGGAAAAGAAACGGAAUUGGAUGAGUUCCCCUGGACAGUUCUCUUGAAAAUUACUUUCACUUUUGGUGGCAAACGAGCGUCAUUCAAUUGUGGUGGCUCUUUGAUCAGUUCAAAAUAUGUCCUCACAGCAGGGCAUUGCCUUAAUGAAGAUGGAGGUACUAUAGUUGACAUUGAAUUAACACUUGCUGAGUAUGAUAAGAGUCAGUUUCCAAGAGACUGUAAAUCUGGGUUAGGCGAAAGGAAUUGUAUUGACAAUAUUUUAAUGCACGCUAAAAAUGUAAUACUGCACCCUCAGUAUGAUGAUGAGUCGCUUCAAAAUGAUAUUGCUCUAAUCGAACUAGAUGGAUAUGCUCCCUACACACGAUACAUCAGGCCAAUAUGCAUUCCACCCAUCAAUGUAGAUGAUCCUGAGUUUUCAAACUUGCCUCUUGCAGUAGCUGGCUGGGGUCGCAUUGGGCGAUACCUUACCGAUAUUAAGCAGUCGACAGUUGUGCAUUUGGUUCAUCAUGAUGAAUGUGUCCAGUCUUAUCCUUACUUAACAGAAACCCAACUUUGUGCAGCUGGACGAACUGGCGAAGAUACUUGCAAAGGUGACUCUGGUGGACCUUUGAUGUUGUUGUACAGACAAAAUUAUUACGUUGUUGGUGUUGUUAGUGGGAAGAGAGCCGAUAGUCCAUGCGGUACGUCUGUGCCGACUCUCUAUACAAACGUAUUCCAUUACGUUCCGUGGAUACAAAGUGUUAUUAAUUAAACUUAUGUUCAUUUUAUAUAUAAUGUCUUCCAAAGCCGUCUGACAAAUUCAUUCUGUUUUAUAAUAAAAAUAGCUUACGUUACGACAAUUUUUUCGUCAUGAUAACUUAAUAAAGAUGUAAGUAUUG